AUGUUUUCUGCUACUGCUGCUGCUGAAAUACUCAUGGAUGCUGGUUCAGACUUGAGCGAUUUAGAGUCUGACCAUGACGAAGAUGACAACGUGGGCAGUUUUAUUGUACCCAAUGUUGCGGAUAUUUCCGAUUCCGAUAGUGAAUCUAGUGAUGAUUCCCUACCACCACCACCACCACCUGCAAACGUCUGGAAGUCAUCCAUCACCCAACAAUCUUUGAACUCCUUUUUGGGAGAGCACGGUCUAUCCUCUCACGCUUGUGUCAGUAAUGACGAUAGCCCAUUAGAAUAUUUUAGACUGAUAUUUACUGACGAACUUUUGACCUUGGUUGUUGAGGAGACCAAUCGGUAUGCUGCUCAGUACCUUCAAAAAACGCCUCUUUCCUCCAAGUCUAGAGCACAUAAUUGGAAACCGGUUGAUGCUGAGGAAUUGUCUUUGUUUCUUGGGCUUACUCUGCUAACUGGCAUAGUCCAUAAACGUGGAAAACUGGAGUCUUAUUGGAGCAAAAAUUCGAUGAUUGAGACGCCAUUUUUUGGUAAAUCUAUGUCCAGAAACCGAUACCAAGCCAUCACCGGAUUUUUACAUUUCAAUGAUAACGAAAAACUUGCGGAAAAUAAUGAUAAUGAUAAGCUAUACAAAGUUCGUCCCGUUUAUGAUCUGAUCGUUGCUAGGUGGAAGGCUUUAUAA